CAGAUCCUCAGUCGUUAGCCCCUGCCGUGACAACUAACAACUUUUUGAGCUCCAUAGUUUUUUCUUUUUAUUUUCGAACAAAAUCAAGUUUACCAAAAUUCCAAAUUUCCGCAUCUCAAAUUCUCUGUUAAAUAGAACAAAAUUCUCAUAACCAUCGAAGAAAUUAACCCCGUGAUAUUUUAAAACAAAAAUAUAAAAGAAAAAGCAAUAAAAAACGUAAAACUACGCGAAAACCCAAAUACCAUAACAUACUCACUGUAAAAUUGAACAAAAAAACAAACCAUAAAACACGUAAAAGCCAAUUAAAAAAAAGAUUUAGUCGGUUCCCUUCGGUAGCAAAAAUGCAACGCUCGCUGUUCAAGAGUGCCUCUUUCCGGUCCGUGGUCCUGUUUAACCAGCUGAAGUCCUUCCAACACAGCUCGCUCUAUGUGAGGGAGUCCGCGGCGGCGAGUCCUGAAGCCAAAAGCCGUUGCCUGGACAUGUUGGGUCGCCUGGUCCACGGCAGAUUGAAUCUGCUGGGAGGUCGCCCAGUGCCACCGCGGUUCUUGCCCUUGCUGACCGGGGAUCACGAGCUGCUGUUCAAUUCCGACGAGAAUGAGGAGUUCCGUAAGCGACUGGCCAUGCAGCUGAAGGAGCUGCGAGAAGCGCUGCAAGAAACCCAGGAAGUUCGUGAGUAUGAGGUAGAGGACUUUCAGGAGGACAACGACGAAGAGGUCGAGCCGUAUGUCCCCAGAUCUCGCGAAAUCUCCGCGGAGGAUCUCACCGAUGAGGAGCUUAGUGUGAUGCGUGAGGUGCGGAUGAGUGCCAGCAAAGAUGGUGAAGGCUCGAAUUCUGAGCAGCCGGAGACAAGCGAGAAGGAAGGCGGGGAGACGGCGGAGGCCAACGAGCCCCUCGAGCCGCAGGACCAGCAGGAGACGGUCGAGCAUGUGCUGGAUGGUGAAAUCGAGGGGGUUUACUGGACGGGUGAGGGACGGAGGAUCGUUACCCAGAGGCCCAAACGCAAGACGGUACACUCUGGUUUCGUAGACGGCGAAGGCGAGGAGAUUCUGCAAGAGGAGUCCCCAUCACAGCCGCUUCCCUAUCAACCACCCAGUCCCCGGGCCCAAGCCACCUCCAAAGUGCUGAAAAAGGGCCGCAAGCCUGGGACCUCGUCCGAAAGCAUGCCCAGGGAUUCCGACGAAUAGCUAAAUUGCCAACCAAAACCCUCGAACUGGGAUCAGUAAAAUAAAUACAAAAGAUUAAAGGUUAAAGACAAAA